AUGGAUCCGAACACGACGCUUUCGAGUGCGCAGUCGCCGCAAACGACUGCAGAGGCCGCCGCCAUGCGCGACAUUCCUUAUCGCGAGGCUGUAGGCUCGUUGAUGUACGCGUCGCUCGGUACACGGCCGGACAUCACAUAUGCCGUCUCGUCCCUUUCGCGGUUCUCAGACAACCCCGGGAAAGCACACUGGGAAGCUGUCAAGCGUGUCUUCAGGCAUCUGUCGGGCACAAAGGACUUGAAGCUUACCUACGGAGCGCAGGAACUGGACCUGGUGGGCUACACGGACGCGGAUGGCUCCAUGCACGAAGAUCGGAAGGUGUUCUCGGGCUAUGCUUUCCUCAUCGACGGCGGCGCGGUCUCUUGGAGUUCCAAACGCCAGGAGAUCAUUGCGUUGUCGACGACCGAGGCGGAGUAUGUGGCAGCGACGCAUGCAGCAAAAGAAGCGCUUUUGCUACGCUCCCUAAUGGUCGAAGACAAGGAGGUUCUCGCCCAUCUCACGCCUCUAACGUUGGACUUUCUCCGGGAAAGUCGAUUGGUGAAGAGACGGCGGGAGGGGAGGACUACUGACAGAUCACUUUGA